CACAGCGCAAGGAGGAAAUAGCGAACUGUUUUUCAGACUCGUAUCAAGUAGUUAGCUUCUUUUUGCGUAUAAAUUCAGAGGUGAAUUAACUGACAAUUGGUAAACUCAAAUCUGUUAUAUGCGUUUUGCCUGGACCGGCAGAAGUCCGAAAAUCCAUCUUUACCAGCUUAAUGGCUUUGUAGUUACUUCGUAAGAGCGUAUAAAGUUAAAUAGCUAGCGUCAAGCGCUGCGUAUUUAAUGCUAAGCUAAGUAGCUAGCUAAAGCCAACACAUCGAACAUAGUCCAUCUUUUUUGAGUUGGUCCAAGAUGCUUGUUGAUUAAGAUUGACGGGGAAUAUCAUCAUCAAUCCAGGCUGUUGCUGUCAGCUAACGUUUGCUACCUGCCUGGAAACACUGGGCUAUGGUAAAGCCAUGGCAGAUGAAAACACACAGUUCUGUGGCAAUUGCAAACAUGACAUUCCAGAGGCUAAUUUUACUACCCAUGAGAUCCACUGUCAGAGAAACAUCGCCCUGUGUGCCCAGUGCCAGGAGCCAGUGCCCCGGUCAGAUCUGAAUGAACACAUGCAGCAGGAGCAUACACUGAUUACAUGCAAGUGUGGCUUGAAGAUUGAGAAGAAUCAUAUUGAUGUCCACCAGAGCUCUGAAUGUUCUCAGCGGCUGGUCCCUUGCCAAUACUGUGAACUGGAGCUUGUUUUCAGUCAGUCCAAAGAGCAUGAGGAUUAUUGUGGUACACGCACUGAGCCCUGCCCACAUUGCAAGUGCAAUGUAAUGCUGAGAGAACAAGCUGUACAUCCAGUCUUAUGUGGAAGCCUCACACCACCCCAAGAGAGGAACAACAGUAGGAUGAGUCGCAGUCCAGUAGAACCACAGUCUCCUGGGGCAUGGUUUGAAGCCCACUCCAUCCGAAACAUCAUAAAAGCCCAAGAAAGAGGCUCCAAGAAUAACAACAUCAGUGCAGCAGAACAACAGGCUUUUCCCCGUGCAGUUGAUCCCAGAGUUUAUAACACUUCAAGGGGACCUCAAAGCUCAGGAGACUGGAAGAAUACUUCAACGAGCAGCUCAACAUUUAGUCACUUGCUGAGUCAGAGUCAUUUUCUGAAUAGCAGCAGCAGGAGCAGCGCAUGGCCACACGGUGGUCAGACACAUGAUGAGGAUUCAUCAGGCCUGGACUACAUGUUGGCUCUCAGCCUGCAGAGUGAUGGAGAAUCAGUGACUGGAGAUACAGAGGGAAACCUGUGGAGUGAUAUCUGGGACCACAAGAUCGGGAAGACGUCUAACACCUCUGUCAACUCUACACUCUCUCCACCCAACAACAACUACCCACAAUUCACUACAGGGACAAGCACAAGUGCAGUCCAGGACCACGAUCAAACAGAUAUCAUGCUGCCGUGUGAGUUUUGUGAAGAGCUGUUUCCAGAAGAGGACCUCAUUUUGCAUCAGACGGGGUGCAGCCCUGCCUCUGCUUUUGCAUCUUUCAGCAAGCAGCCCUCUUCUCCACCUAAAGAGGGCAGGAUGAGCAGGAAUACUUCAGGGCUGAUGCACAGCCUCCCCGACACACUUGCUUCCAACAUCCCCACUUUCCCCCGCUCAGUCUCCCCGAUCUCUUACAGUCCUCCAGCCAGUCCACUAGAGGGCGAUGUGGUCAUUCCAUGUGAGUUCUGUGGCGUUGCUCUAGAAGAGGCUGUCGUCUUUCACCAUCAGGACAAAUGUGAUAUGCGCCCUCAGACUGCCCAUCCACUGAAUAAUCUAACAAAAUCAUCUGUCAUAAAACCGCUGAGCCCUGCUAAAGACUGCUUUGGGCAGAUGUCACCAGAUUUUCAGAGGAGACUAAAGCACCAAGCUGACUUCUUCGACGAGGACUUUGGAUUUGACAGACACAGCCCACCAGGGAAAAGCCAAAGGGAAUGGCAGAGAGGCUACAUCGGACUACCAAGUCAAAGGAAGACCUCCAACUGUGACGUUUCUGUGAAAAACAGACCUCAGCUGGGCAGGGAAGCAGAAGGAGCUCAUUCAUCUUUCUGUGACACUGACAGACCUCAACUACCAGAAAACCAAGAAGGGAGAGGGAACAGAAGUAAUCCUAUGACAAAGUUCCCCAAGAAACAGAAUGAAGAGCAGCAGGAAGAGUGAGAGCAGGAACAAGUGGAGAAAUAGUAAAACCAAAUCUCCUACUCUGCUUGUCAUUUAUCUUUUUGCACACUUUUGAAAAAGAAAAAUACAUAUCUGAUAAGUGCCUGUGUGAGUAUUGGUAUCUUGCAGUUUUAUUAAAGUCUAAGUUAGCAAUUUGCUUUAUUCAUGCAUAUUCUGCUUUAUUUCAAGAUUUGUUUGAAAUGUUUAAGUAUGUAUAACAUCUAGCCUUAACAAAUGAAUUAUAAAUUGAAUUUUAUUCAGACUAAAUUUGAUUUGAAUUUCUUUUUCAAACUAUACAAGUCAUUUCAUGGCUCAUUAAGAAGACUGAGAACAUCAAACACAGACACAUGACUUUGUUGGUGUGCAUUUGUCUAACUUAACUUUCUUUACCUUGUUACUUCAGCCACGGACAUUUUGUUUUCACCCAUUAGCCAGUUCUUUCAGGGCAUUACUUAAUGGUCCUUAUUGGUGUCUGCAUCUUUAUGUAACCUAAAGCACUUUGAUAGACUGUUUUGUUAAAAAGGGCUUUAGGAACAGAUUUGAUAAAUUUAUGCAUCGUUGACCAAGAAAAAAAUUAACUGUAUUAUUGAACAUUUGUCUUUUUAUAUUGUUGAAGAUUUGUCUUAAAUACUCUUCAGUAAUAUUUUGAUUUUUUUUUUAAUCAUAUCUAUAGAACUAUAUACAUGGUAUUAUGAUGGGACAGCUUUUGAAGCAGUGUCCCCUGUGUCCCCUGUCCUUCUUUUUAAGUAGUGUGAAAAAGUUGUUUGUCCAGAUAUGAUUUAAGAUUCCUAACAUAUAUUUUGUGGGUAACAUAGGUUCCACUUUAGGAAUAUAUAAAAAAAAAAAUAGGCAACCUUGUGCCACAGAUGGUCAAGUCUGUAAAUUUCCCUUUUAACCAUAGACAACAUUAGCGGAUUUUCCUAAUUAACAUCUUAUCAAUUAGCCUAAGUGGAGAGCAGCAACUAAUCAGUGAAAUCACCUGGUGUGGUAUAUAGUUGGACUUGGGGCACUCAUAGCACGUAGAUAACUAUUCCUUUUGAGUACAACUGUCUGCUCUUUGUCUUGUGUGGUUAUUAAAUAUUCAUGACAUU